GAUUAUUAGGCAAGCCUCAAAACACAUGAGACGUUUCCCAACUUGUUUUUCCUGUUCAAACUUAUUUUAUUUGUUGUUUACCUAGUUUUAAUUAUCAUUUCUAGUCAUUAUAGUGCAUUUUUUCAUAUUUAUUUUGUGAUUAUUAUCAAGGGCACAUAAACAUGAGUUCUAUAGACCGAGGCAGACCCCUCAGUGAUUUAGGUUACAUGGACUUGACCAAAUUAUGUGAAAUCUUAGAUUUUAGCAACAAGUGGCAGGAAUUGAGCAAGCUGAUGGGGUUUCCAGAAGGCGAUUUAAAAAAGGUACGUGAGGCAGAAGAAUUGAAAAAAUCCCCCUCGCAAGCUUUGAUAAAAAUGUGGGAGAUUUAUUUGCACACAAUUCUUGAGUUGUUCAUACUGCUUGAAAAACUUGCGAUUUACGAAGGGAUGGAGGUGAUUAAGUCAUAUGUAGAUCCUAGAUUCUGGCGUUUAAUUAAGAAACAGAAUGAGGAACCUCGGGUCAGAAGAGAGCCAGUACCAAACACCAAGCUGCCGAACAGCAAUUUUGACAAAACCACUGAGAAAGCCAUUGUAAAAACAAAAGGAAAUAGUCUUGUAUACAGUGAUGAAAAUAAUGUUAGUCAUACACUUGUUGAAGCUUCAAAACCUCAGAAUCAAGAGUUACGUUCUCGCAGCCUGCCAGCGCCAAUCGAGAGAGAAGAAACUCCAGAAGAAAAAUUAAGAAAAACUGUAGCAGGGACUUUAUUCAUACCAUUUGAGCAACUUGUGACUGCUACAAAUAACUGGCACUCCAACAAUGUUUUAGGUCAGGGAGGAUUUGGCACAGUUUAUUCAGGUACAUGGCAGGCAACAAAAGUAGCAAUAAAAAAGAUAAAAAGUGAUGUCCGAGAGGAACAGAUGAAGGAGUUAAUCACCGAGUUGCAUUGCUCAAUGUACCGACAUGAUAAUAUCUUAACCCUGUAUGGAUUCAGUGUUUUGGAAAACGAAUGUUGCUGCCUCAUUUAUCAGUAUAUGCCAGGAGGUGCUUUAGAUCGUAGAAUAAAAAGUAGAGAUCCUGAGAAAUUUUUAAGUUGGAAAACUAGAAUUAAAAUAGCAAUAGGGGUUGCACGAGGAUUACAAUAUCUUCAUAAUGCAUCAUACAAACCUUUAGUACAUGGGGACAUUAAAAGUGCCAACAUACUUUUAGAUUCGUCAGAUGAGCCUAGAAUAGGUGAUUUUGGACUAGUCAGGGAAGGUCCGCCUCGGAAUGAUACCCAUGUAACCCUCACCAAAGUGCACGGGACCGAGUGCUACCUGCCGGACGAUUUUAUUCGAUCGAAACGCUUAACUGUCCAAGUGGACACUUACUGUUUCGGCGUAGUACUAUUUGAACUGGCAAUGGGGAAACACGCACUAGUGUGUACGUAUUCCGAGGACAACACAGUACAGUCUAUCUACUUAAAAUAUUUUGUACCUAAGUAUCCGGCCGAUAAAAUCAUGGAACUAAAAGAUUGGCGGGUUAGUGGAGGUGACGAAGAGUUUGUUAAUUUAAUUAAUAUUGGAAAAGCGUGUACUUCGAAAGUACGACAAGAGCGUCCUCUAAUGAUGGACGUAUUAAAACGGUUGGAAGAAAUACCGAUAUCUGUCGCUGAGAGAUUAUCGUCCGUUAAUUUAAAUUAAUAAUUUUGGUACAAGAACGAGAAUUUUUUACUUUACGAACUAAUAACAUCAAAGCAGAAAUAAGUAUUUAAAAACAGUGCUGUGACGAAAAUUAAUUUAAGUAUCAAGUAAAUAACUUUAAACACGUGCAAAUAAACAAGUGCCUAGGAGGAUUUUAAAUAUUUUAUUGUGAUAAGAAGUUUUUAAAAGCAUAAUAAUAAUUAAAAUAUACAGAGUAUUUUUAGUUUUUAAAAAAUUAUACUAUUUUAUAUUUUUAACAAUAAAGUUGAUUAUUUUUCUAAAGCAAA